UGCCUGGUUUGAUCACACAUACACACACACGCACACUCACACACAUCACACACACUCGCUUUGGAUUGUAAGACAGCAGGGAUAGCCUACUGUAGAAGCUGCAGCAGCUUGGUGAAUGAGGCGCAACUGGAAGUUACUUUUACCGGCUGUCCAUCGUGGUGCGUAAAAUGAAAGUGGUGCGUAAAUGUCUGUGCGGUAGAUAUCCACAUUUAAACAACAACUGAAGAAGUUUGCUGACUGGAACUCGCUGUGAACUAGUAUUAAAAGGGUCUACCUUCGGCUCGGAUGCUGUUGGAUGUCGCCCCUUGUCUGCGCUCCUGCUUUUGAUCUGAUUUGAGCCAUGGCUUACUCUCAGCUGGGAUACUCCUACUCCACCACACCGCAGUUUCUGAUGACCUCCAGCUCUCUGGCCGGUUGUUUGGAGCCGGGAACUCCUCCGUCCCACCCGGUGCUGUGCUCCCCGGGCCACCAGCUCACCUCUGGCCCGGGCAUUGGAGUCUACAGCGGAACUUAUCCAAAGAGCCAAGGUUACUAUAACCCCUGCACCAGCGACGCGACUGCUCUCUAUUCCAGAGGGCCAUUAGAUCCCAAGGACGGAGCUGCAACUGUGGGGACAUCUCAGACUCCUGCCUACCAUCCCUAUGAAUAUACAUUUGGACAAUAUCCAUAUGACAGAUAUGGGUAUUCCUGCUCUGAUGGCGCUUCACGCCGUAAAAAUGCCACCCGAGAGACCACCAGCACCCUGAAGGCUUGGCUCCAGGAGCACCAGAAAAACCCCUACCCCACAAAGGGAGAGAAGAUAAUGCUCGCUAUCAUCACCCGGAUGACCCUUACACAGGUGUCUACGUGGUUUGCCAAUGCACGCAGGAGGCUGAAGAAGGAGAACAAGGUGACGUGGUCACCGCGGGCGUGUAAAAGCUCUGACGAUCGGGGCUGUGAUGAUGACAGUGACGAAGCUGGGAAGCCACUUAAACAUGACAAAGACCUUCCUGAUCAACAGUGUGCAGACCUGCAGAGUGAUCUAGAAGACUUCGACUUGCUGGAGUCAGACGGUUCUGAGUGUGAACCGAAGCCGCAGUUUCUGCCUGAGGACAGCGAUGCAAUCUCAAACGCAGACCUCCCACACAGGCAUCACACACACAACCCAGACCCACUGCAUGGAAAAGACAGAUUGUCUCCAGACUGCCCCAAACUCACACCGGUCCAUCGGCAAACCAACUCCUUCUACGCUAAUCCAGACCUCCGGAGUACAGACGCUAAGCCGAAAAUCUGGUCCAUCGCUCGCACUGCUGCGUCUUUGAACGGCAGCUUGCAGCCAGAGUACCCUCCAUGCAUGCUGUCGUCGACGGGAUCCUCCUCUCCGGGGUAUCCAUCCAAUAUGGCGCUAACCAAGGCAGACAGGGAACAGGAGUCACCAGUCUCCACGCUUAGAGAAUGGGUUGAUGGAGUUUUCCAUGGUCCUUUCCAACAGCUCAGACCAGCGGAGGCGUGGAAAGGCUUGAAUGACGCCGUGAUAGACAUCAGAACACCCGGACAGUCCUUUGAACUUCUUAGGUCUACGUCAUCUUUGUAGGCCAACCAAACACAGCGCCAAUGGAAUAUGUGAAAAUAUCUUGGACUUGAAAAAAAACCCUAUGUAUUCUGUUGUUGUGACUUGACCAAUUGACCGUUCGCUAAGCAUCACUGCCCUAAGUUACUAUACGUCCGUCAAGAUUUCCAUUCUCACACACGCAGUUUGCAAUGAUAUCUGUGGCACUUCAAAUCAUCGGUCAUUUUAUGAACACUGGGUCCUGGAAUUUAAGACAGAGGUAGAACAAAAGUAGGCUUCUCAUUUCUUCCGAACAAGCAUUGACAUACUCCAGU